AUUUUUCGUGUAAGGUUCAAAUGUAGAUUUUGAGGCAGCGUCAGUUAUUUGACGCUAUUCAAACCAAGCCCAUAGGGCCGAAAGUGAACUCUUGAAAGGUUGAAUUCACGCACACUGAGGGAGUGGCUUCUUGUAACCUUGAAGUCGCCCGACACCCGGAAACGCUCAUGCGGUAUGCGAUUAGGCUAGCUGGGUCCAGCUCGCAAUGCCUCAUACGUACACCUCUCAAUUACUUUACUGUUGUGCUAUACUGCGUUUAUUGAGAAAGCCUUGUAUGAUUUGAAAGCGAACUGAUAGUUCCCGGCGAAAAUGAGUGGUAAAGCGGUACCUCUUCUGAUUUUGAAUCUCGGGGGAGAAAUGGUUUACAUAAUUCAUCAGCGGUUGGGAGCUCAAGGAAUACCACAAGAUAAAAGCGAAAAAGUUAUUGCUGACAUCGUGGGUGCCUUGGUGAGCCCGUCUUUCAUGGACGAGGUUUUCAAAAAUCAGCGUGUCUGUAGCUUGCAGACUGUGAAAGCAAUUUUUGAACGCAUCGUAAAUUCGUCUAUUAUGAAGCUCAGCACGGACAGCAUGGAUAAGAUGUUUGACUUGAUGGUCAUGGUGUUCAAGUACCAGCUGCGCAAUUGUCGCUUUCCUCGGGAACUGCUGUGGGUGACGAUGAACCACUUGCGUGGUAUUCGUGGUGUUGUUUUUCGUCCGCAAGUUGUAGGGAAUGUUGCGCUCGUUGGGAAGAAGUUUGUUGAGGCAUACAAAUCUUUUUCGAACUGGGAUCUUCAGAUUCUCAGGUUUCAAUUGCUGAAUUGGGUCCAGAAUAUGCACAUCAAGGUUUCAAACUUUCUCAAAGACGGAAAGCAGGAUUCUUUCGGGUACUUCAUUGUACCCAGUGGAACUUCCGUUGCGUUCGGAUGUGAUGUUCCUGGGAAGAUGAAAUUAUUAUGUGGCACUUCGGCUCCGGAAGUUCGCACUUUUCCGGUGUUGUUUGAAAGCUCUGAGGAUGAUACUCAGGGUUCUUUGGAUUGGAAUGGACAGCCGGGUACUGAUCUUGGAAAGUCCAUUUACGCCGAGGAUCUCACCAUUGUGAAGUCCGAACCCGAAGCUAGCGAUCCAACGAUUACAGAAUUCAGAAAGAUGUCGUGUACGUCAGGGAAACCCUUCAUGCCUGCAAAUAGUGAUGCUCUUCAUGCGAAGGAGGAAUUGAAUCUCUUGUCUAUGUUGGUUGAUGGCACAGAUAAGCAGAGUGAAAGCGAGACUUUCAAACUGAAUUUAUUUGGGACUUCUAUCUUUGAAUCAGGGGUAAUUUCUGAUGAAGUAACAGAAGAUGCCGAGAAGACUGCUGUGAUCGACUCACGAAUCCGUCCGCAGAACGAGGAGCUUUGUCAAAUAUUUAAAGAAAUGGAAUUGCCGUCCGAGAAAGAAGAUGUGGAUUUGCUGGCUUUAAUGGACGAAGUCGUGUGA